AGAAAAGCAUGAGUAUGUAUCAAUUUGGUGGGAGGGAUAUCGCGGAGUAGAUAUCAAGAGAUAGUAGUUUCCCGCUCAAAUUGCGUUAUUUCAGAUUUUUGCUUUACUUGUGAGAUGAUAAUUAGGCCUAUGCAGUGGCUGUGGUAAUGUAGUUGUACCGUAUGACAGCAGCUUUCGGAUGCCAACAGUCUGAAAAGGGAAGUUAAUUAAUAGCAGUAGUGGAUGGCCAGGCAGGGAACUGUGAACCGGGCCACGCGCCGAGCGAACAAUUCAAAACAAAGCACGGCGCGUGGCGGGGCAUUGAGACCAGGAUCUUUAAACAGAAGCCGAGGCGAACAAAGACGGGACUAUAAGGGGGGGCUGGGCCGCAGAUUCCCUUACCCCCAUCCAGCCCUUUGAGCAAUUCUGUGUUUUCGUUCUCAUUGACUCCUCGGUUAAUGAAACCCCGUUCCCACACUGCAUUAAUCAUUAGCACUGAUGGGGUGCGUACAUAAGCAAACAGAGCCAUCGAAUCGAAUCAGUGUGAGAUGAGAUGCCAUCACUGAAACAGGAGCCAUUCAGAAGCGUGGUAAUCGCCUCUGUAUUCGCAGUCUGCAAGUUGCUUAUUGAUAGUUUUUUUCGGAAAAUCAACUGGUGUUAUAAUUGAAAUCCACGAUUCAACUGGCAAAAAUGCCGAAGGGGUUUUUAGUUAGGCGGCACAAAGACUUCGCGACGGUAUCGCAUCGCUCCAGAUGGCUUGAUUUCGAUGCCGACCAGCUUUGGGCAGGACCUACGCAAGCAGCCGACAAGGACAGUGGACUUGCCGUGCAGACCGUCCAUUGCUUCAAGAAUGAUCUGCGCGAUUCCCCGGACUCUGGCUACGGGAGCUGUCCGGCAACGCCAGUUACCAAGGAGCGGUCACCCACUGCCCAAGCCGCUGUUUCGACACCCUCGAAUGAGGUCUUCAAUUCUGCGCGUUUCCACUCAUCAAGUGCCUGUACUUCAUCUAAACUAGUCAACUCUUCUCACAACGAGAAACGUACCAGGCUAAUUUUGAAGAUACCCAUCACACCAGUUACGAAAUCAACCAAGUGCUCCCCGGCUCGGAAGCGGCCUUACUCAUCCUACGGGCCAUCUAAAGGCACCCACUCUCCAAAACACAGUGCAGCGGCCAUGAAGCCAAAAGCCGUCCGCAAAAUCAACUUCGACAGCGACGAUCAAUCUCCCGUACUCGGCACUUUCAUACGGGCAAGCUCGGACCUCCACGAGAAGGAUAGAGACCGUGAGACGAGAGGAUCGACACAGAAUUACCAUCAGCCCAGAGGCACAUUCGUUUGCAAGUUGUGUCAAGAGGACUACCACGAUCCGCUGUCGCUCGCCCAGCAUAAAUGCUCCCGGAUCGCCAACGUCGUCUACCGAUGUCCGGAGUGCGACAAGGUUUUCAACUGCCAUGCCAACUUGGCCUCCCACCGCCGCUGGCACAAGCCCAGGCCCCUUCCGGAUCCGUCAACCGAUCCCAUCUGCUCCCUUCCUUCAUCUCCUGCUUCCACAGAAUCCCAGGAGUGCAUCUCCUAUACGCGGAAUUCAGGUACAUUUGGAGCAGGCGGCCUGGGCAGCGUAGGCAGCAGUCCCAGGAGCACUCCCAGCCCCACCCGUGACAACACCGGGGAUGGAUCGCCACCAUACCGGUGCGAGCACUGCGGGAAGGGCUACCAGCGGUCGGCCAACCUCCGCAGACAUCUACAGCGCCACGGUGAGUCGGAGACGCAUCCGUGCUUCAGUUGUGGACAAACGUUCAAUAGUCUAACGGAAAGGGCCAAGCACGUUUUGUCACAAGCCUGCCAAAACAGUGACGGUAGUUGCUAAACUUUUCCUUGCAAAAAGUCUCUUGACAACCAAUCCCUCACCUAUAUACUUGACAGUGUACGCUGUGCAGUUAAAUGUUAACAUUUGCCCUACUUCUUCCAGAUGUGCCGUGUGUAUUGAUUCUUCUACUGCAUUAUUUUCAGUUAGCAAAGCUUAACUUUGAUUAAUUGGUUGAGUUUCCGCUUGAGUUACUUAAUUAUACUCAAGGUAGACUAACUUUCAUUCCACAUCACGAUCAGUGGCGUAUCAAGCGGGGGGGGGGGGGCAACUUGUUUUCAACUGAGUUUAUUCAUAAGUGAGUAGGAAAGAAACUAAUCGGCAUAUUUAUUUAUCAAAUAAAUAGGCUAUAUUGUUUUCGCCCCCAUUAUCAUGU